AUGCCUCGCAAGAUGGGGCGCAUUGCUUGCCCUUGGAUUAUCACCACCUUGCUCUCAGUCGUGACUCUUGCCUCUGUCUCCAACGACACACAGGCUGAUUCCGAGGCUAUCUGGGCCACGCACGAAUUUAACGUGGACCGAUUGUUACGAGACUCUGCACUUGCAAUGUGCACGUCUUCAGGUCAGACACGCGGAUUCGUUCCGCUUGACUACAAUGAUCCUGACGGUCCGAUGGCUGCCGUCGCGAUGAUCAGGGUCCCUGCCAAAGUCGCUGUGGAUGACCCGACUUACAAAGGUCCUAUUCUGAUCAAUCCGGGCGGUCCGGGUGGUUCCGGGGUCGACAUAGUCGUCGGUCUCGGACCGACGUUUAAACUGCUCGUGGGCGACAACUUCGAUCUUAUUGGAUUUGAUCCUAGAGGCGUCAGUCGGACGACUCCUUCCAUGCUCACGUUCCCCAUUGCUGCGGAAGGCCAAACGUUUACCGUCGAACGCCUGCAAGAUCCUCCACUCAAUGCGACCGUGGACGCCAUCGCGCGCACGCAUGCUCGCUACUCCGUGCUUGGCAGCUUGGCAGCCGCUCGAGACCUCGGUGUUGUGCAAUACAUGACGACGGCCACCGUUGCGCGGGACAUGCUCAGCAUUGUUCAUGCGCAUGGAUUGGAAAAGCUGCAGUACUAUGGCAUCUCGUACGGGAGCGUCUUAGGGCUUACGUAUGCAGCGAUGUUUCCUGACAAAGUCGAACGAAUGGUUGUAGACGGUGUAUUUAAUGCGACGGAUUACUAUUCCGCUCAGUGGUCGAGUAAUCUGCGAGAUACCGAUAAGAUCCCGGAAAUGUUCUACGAGACAUGCGCCCAGGCAGGACCGGAUCUGUGCGCACUCUUCGCGCCGGAUUCUGCAAGCGUCAAGGCGCGAGUUGAAGCGCUUUUCGACUCGCUUAAACGGCGCCCCAUCGCCUCCCCACCGCAUCUUCAAACACUACGGACGGCACGCUGGACUACGGCAUCGUCGACUACGGCCUUGCACGCAACCGCUGGAUCGCAGAUCGACACGGAGACGCUCAUGGCGAUAUCGUGCACGGACGGGGACCCCGUCUCGGGCGAUUUGAACGACCUUGACGGGUGGUUCGAUCAGUUGGCGACCACUUCAAGCUGUGCGGAUGUAUUCAUCAAUCACGUGAUAUGCUCAGGUUGGACCGUGCGGCAAAAGGAGCGAUUCACGGGUCCCUUCGUUGGUAUCAACACAAGCUUCCCUAUCCUCCUCGUGGGCAAUACUGCGGACCCAGUUACUCCUCUGGAAGGCGCCAAGCUAAUGGCCGAAGGAUUUGUCAAUUCCGUCCUUCUAACGCAAAGCUCGCCUGGACAUAACGCAUUCUCCGCCACUAGUCCUUGUACUAUUGCGGCUAUGGCGGCAUAUUUUCAGAAUGGCUCGCUUCCGGAGCCGGGGACUGUCUGUGAGAUCGAGGACGUUAUGUUUCCGCCUGCCAACAUUACCAAAACCCCGACUACCGGCGAGCAGACCACCACGAUCACUAAGCGGAACGCUCAGAACGAGAAUAUGUCAGAGAAAUUGCACAAGCUGAGGACUACGUACAAGGUGCCUAAGCUAGGCAGCUUUGGAUUCUAG